UUUGUCCUUUUAAAGCAAUUCUCUCUCUCUCUCUCUCUCUCUGAGCUCAUAUCACACGCACCGACUCACACACCGACACACAUGACACAACUCUGCUCUCCCUCUCCCACGAAGUAGCAAGAGUGAGGAAGUAAGAAUGGCGUCGUCAAUAGCUAGGGUUUCCUUCCGCAUACUCAUGGCGGUCCUUUUGCUUCUCCUUCUCUUCUACGUCGGUCGCCCUCUCUACUGGAAGAUCUCCGCCACCAUCCACGAUAUCCGCCAGAACAAACAGACCGUCAAACAAGGUCUUUCCCAGAUCGUCCUCGAGGCCCAGAAAUCCGUCGGGUGGUACCACGACGAGUCGGACUCGGGUGUCCACGAGGAUCGGACCGGGAGCAAGGUCGGCGCCGCGACGAGUCAUCGUAUUCUCCUGCCUAAGCUUUUGUGAGAAAAAUCAAAUCUAAUGGGUUAUUUUAGUUGGUUAUAAUGGUAGAUCCGGUUGUUUUGAUGGUAAUAAUGGGAGGGUCUUGAUGUGGGUUAGCUAAUGAAUUUGUGAAAUCCCGUUGGUUUUGGCUUAGUAUGUGAAACAUUAAUUGUAAUGUUCGGAUAUGGAGGAGCAAUGGUAGAAUUCUUAAUUCUGAAUAUGAAUUAAUAGCAUUAUCUCAACAAUAUAUAGAAUCGAAGGAUCUAUUAUUAAGGAUGCGA